GGUAUUCAUCAUUCGAUUACAGUUGCUAUUAGCUGGUUAUUAAAAAAUCUUCUCUAAUAUGGCAUAAGCCUUCUCGAGAGGUUCAAUUUAUUCUACUAAAAUUACUACGAAGUGUACUUGCAUUUUCACUUGCAUAUUUGUGCUACAACCGCACCUAAAACUAUAAACAAGCAGUUUGAAAAAUAUGAACUGUCAAACUUUACUACAAAUCCAUUAAGGCUGCCAGAAAUCAGCUGCAGUAGCCAUUUGAAGAAGCACAGAAAUUAUUCGCGAGCACAGAACAAUUUUUGCAUAGUUAAAGUUGAAGAAGCAUAAACCCUACGUCAAUCAUGAUCUCGCUGGCGGAGCUAAAAAAACUGACAAUUGUGCAUUUAGGCAUAGCCGUCACAUUUUUUGUAUCUGGUUUGGUGAUUAAUCUGGUGCAGUUAAUAUUGUAUGUAGGAUUGAAACCCUUCAAUGUCGUGCUAUUCAGACACAUAAUGUAUUAUCUUUGCUAUUCGCUGUACUCACAGCUGAUUUUUGUCGCUGAGUGGUAUUCGAAUAGUAAUUUAUAUUUAUACAUGGAUCAAAAUGACUUCGAGAAGUUCAGUGGCAAGGAGCACGUAAUGAUAAUUCAAAAUCAUUCAUAUGAAAUCGAUUGGUUGUGCGGCUGGAUGUUCGCUGACAAAGUUGGUUGUCUGGGCAAUUGCAAAGCGUAUGCAAAGAAAGCGAUUUCUUUUGUGCCCGUAAUGGGUUGGGCAUGGAAGUUCGCCGAAUUCGUAUUUUUGGAACGUUCGUUCGAGAAGGAUAGUGAGACAAUCGCGCGUCAAUUGAAAGAAGUAUUUGCCUAUCCGGAUCCCGUGUGGUUGCUGUUGAAUGCUGAAGGUACUAGAUUUACGCAGAAGAAACAUGAAGCUUCUGUUAAAUUCGCACAAGAGCGUGGUCUGCCUUUGCUAAAGCACCAUUUGAUACCGCGUACAAAAGGCUUUACUACUAGCCUGCCCACCAUGCGUGGCCGUUGUGUAGCCAUUUAUGAUACUAGUUUAGCCUUCAAAAAAGAUGCCAAGAUUUCACCAACUAUUUCCAAUCUACUAAAUGGAUUAUCGGUCGAGGGUCACUUAUUUGCACGUCGUAUUCCACUCGAGGAUGUACCUGAAAAUGAGGCGGCAGCAGCUGAAUGGCUACAAAAUUUGUAUCGCGAAAAGGAUCGAAUUGUUGACAGCUUUCAUACAACAGGCAGCUUCUUUGAAACAUCCGGUUUUAAGGAAGUUCCUGUCACUAAACUUAAAUAUCGUACAUGUAGUUUGGUGAACUUUGCUCUCUGGGCUGUAUUUUCGGUAUCAUUAAUACUCUACUAUUUAGUGUCUUCAUUUUUGUCACAAAAUUGGAUUGGCCUGUCGAUCGCUAUAGGCAUACUUUUGACAAUAUACAUACUUAUGGUGAAAUCUAUUAAUAUGUCAAAAAUUAGCAAAGCUUCGUCGUAUGGCUCUGAAGCGAAAACGGAUUCAAAGUCAAAGUAAUUCAAAUGCGCUUGCUGCAUGCACACAAACCUGCGAGCGACCAUCAAUUACAAGUUUUUUAUUUGUUGUAAUACGAAAACGUAUUUAUGUAGCCAUGAUCACAAUAUGAUGUUCGUUGAAAGAACUGCAUUGGACUUAAACAAUGAAAAAGCGGACAAAAUUCAAAUGUGUUUCGUAAUUCCGUAUGAUUAUUCCACUGUACGUAUUAAAGGUUAUGUAAAUGUACUUAUUAGUAAAGUUAGUGGGAAGCCAUUAUAAUUAACUCUAUAAUGUUAUAUUAUUUUAAAUAUUCACGUUGUAUAUUAACUACACGUAAAUAACUCCGACGAUGACGAUGACUAUGAAAAGGUCUAACCUUUCAUUUGUCAAUGCUACAUUUUUACUCUGGAUAGCGAAAUAGGCGUUUGAAUUUGUAAAAAAAAAAUUGUAAUGAUUCAAAUCCAUAAAUGGUUGAUUUAUUCUGUUUUGCGCAUUUGUUUAAUAUUUAAAAACACAUAACAACAUACACUUACUACAUCUUAAGAACGUAAAGCACCUCUAAAUAUAGAGUGUAAAAUGGCAAUUACAUUUGCAAUAGUGCAUAAAAGUUUAUUUGGGUGAUUCGCGAGGUGUCGAAAGUGUCGUAUUGUCUUAAGUCGUAAAGUUUUUGAAAGAACUUAAAAUCAGAUUCCACUAUUUUUUAACUGUGUGUAAAUUCAUAAUAUGAUUUUACGGUAGUUUGCGAACACCCUAACCCAUAUAUUUGGCCGUUUAAAGUUUACGAUAUAAAACAAUACCACACCCCUUGAGAAUAUCCCAAUUGAAUUGGAUACGGUUCUUUAAAACAUAAUAGCCGCAAUUCAGGUGCAUGCGUGUUACAUAUAACAAAAGUGUAAUUAAUAUUUUGUGCCAAUUUUUUGGUUUCGUGCUAUAUGGAAAAUUGAUAUUAUAUUGCAUUUUUCUAUUAUCAUUACUAAUAGUUAUGUAUUCAUUAGUAAUUAGUAACAGCAAAAUUAUAAAUUGUUUCGCAUACUUUUUUGUACAAAAGUAUGAAACCAUUAGGCAUUAAAAAGUUUCUAAACCAAGAAACACGAAAUUUUAUUUACAAUUUCAAAAAGUCGGCUUUAUGACGACGUGUGCUUUGCACCAUAUUAUAUUGGGUCUUACUUGUAUAUACAUACAUAUAUGUAUCUUCCAGAAAAUGUUGACAGAAACUUUGCAUAUAUGUAUAUUGAUAAAUUACUUUUUUCGAUUGCAUUUUUAAAGUUAUAUAAUAUACAUAAACACAUCUUAGAAAUGUAAAAAUGAUAACAAGAAUUAUAAAAGAAUACAUUUUGUAUUGACCUCUUGAAUUCUCUAAAAUAUUUGAAAUAAAAUUGUAUUGAAAUUUGUUUAAA